AGUUAGUCAUAACGUGAAGUACCUUACAAUUGUUGUGAUUUUUUUAUCAGUUUUAUAAAUUCGUGAUCCUUCCAGAACAAACUUAUUGAAGUUAUUUAUAUUAUAAAUCACUUAUUACGGAAAUAGUGUCAAUAUUAUUUGUGUCUUUUUAAGAACUAACUGUAAAUGAAAAUACGAAAUUUGUAUUUGAAGCAAAAUAUGAAACAGUGGUAAAUUUGUUAAAUGACUGUGUUUUGCGUGCGUGAAAAGUCUCUACCGAAGAAAUACAUACAACAUGGCGCUCCCAUUUCAGUUCAAAGCUGAAACUGUAAUUUCUGAAAAACGAACAACUCAAGAGGCACUCGACACCAUCAAGAACUGGCUGAAAGAAACCACGCUACCAAAGAUACAAGACGAAUUUAUCAUCCUGUUCCUCAUAUCGUGUGAAAACGAUAUCGAUGUAACAAAAAAAGCAAUUGAAGCCUAUUUCCGAAUCAAAAAUGAAGUUCCACAGAUUUUUGAUAACUAUGACGUGAGUGGCGAAGAAUUAAAAAGUAUUAUGGACGUCAUAGGUCUGUGUGUUAUUCCUAAAAGAAUGAAAGACAAUAGAGUAGUAGUUUGUGCUAGGUUACUGGACACAAACUACAGGCGUUGUAACAUAAUAGCCGGAAUAAAAUUAAGUCUUAUACCAUCACUGAUGAUUCAGAUAAAAAACCCAGUGAAGGAAAUAGUCGUAAUUAUUGAUUUAAAAGGGGUUGGUUUCAUGCACCUCACGUGCCUCAAAAUGGGUGCUAUCAUUUCAUAUUUGCGCUACAUACAAGAGGCACUGCCAAUCAAACUCCACACAAUCCACAUCCUCAACAGCAACUACGUCUUCGACAAGACUCUUAAUCUUUUCAAGAUUUUUAUCAAAAGCGAAUUACUUGAUCUUCUCCAUACACACCCCCCUGGGACAAAUAUGGAAAAUUUCCAUAAAAACUUCGUCCCAGCGUCAUAUCUUCCUGAAGAAUAUGGUGGAGACUUAGCUUCCUUCGACGAAAUUAUGAAAGAAACGCAGAAGGAAAUUUCACAGAUGCAGCCAUUUUUUGAUGCGGAAGAGCAACUCAGGAAAACGUAUAAAGGCCAAAAGAGAAAAAUUUAAGAUGUAAUGGAGGAAAGAUAGUGAUCCAAGUUUGCAUGUGUAUCAAAUAGUUGUUAGUUAGAUCAUGAACUGAGCGGAAAUCCUAAACUGGUUACUUAUAUGAUUUACAUAUAUAUUCUUAUGAUGAUUAGACAUUACUUUUGAUAAA